UUCACUGCUGCAGGUGCUGUGUCAGGAGAGCUUUGGCACACGGAAGACGUCAGCUGUGCCUCGCUCCAAGCAACAGUUCUCAUAUGUGACAUUCUGCCAGCCCGUCUGUUGCGUGUUCUUCUCAUAACCAGCGGGAAGCUUAAGUAGGAGAGUGAGGACUUGAAGGAGGAGGAGGAGAGUGAGGACUUGAAGGAAGAGCGGCGCGAGGAGUCAUCGACCUCCCGAGCCUCAGGAGAACCUGAGGACAAGCUUUGAGGAACAUCGUCCUUACGAGAGCUAUAAGAUGCCCAGCAGGAUUCGAACGACCAGCAUGUUUAAUGCCGUGGCCAUUGUCUCAGCUCUCCACCUGCUCUCCGAAGGCAUGUUGCCGGCGGCAGAAGGAACAGGGGAACCCUACGGGAUCAACCGGCAGGUGGUGGAGGGCGCAGCGAGGGCAGGCGCCUCCAGGAGUGGCCACACCUCUCUACCGCGUCAGUUGGAUGCUAUACCCGCGCCGGCUCUCAACCAGGUGGUGACGGGCGAUGACCCCCUUCCGGGAGAGGUGGCCGAAAAGGAACUCACGGCGGAAAUCAACAUCACGGUGGAAGAUGAUGGGCAGGACGCUGCCCAGGGGGUGGAGGGCAAGCUUGAGGACCCCAGGACGGACGGGGAGGCAUCUAUACCAUCGUGUAACGGAGGCGCAGGUCUGGUUCGCUUCGAGAGGCUGCCAGACACCGUCAUGGAGAGGACGCCGAUUCAGGCUGACGUGAUACGCAAGAACGACACGCCGGUAGAGGUCCUGGGGGUGUGCGUGGACAGGUGCCUGCAGGAUGAGACGGCUCAGGGCUUCAAGAGCAUCUGCACCGCCUUCGACUACCUCCCCGGCAGGAGGAUCAACUACUACAACAAUGCUCUCGGGUUUACGGAAACCAAGUGUCUUCUCACCCGGCCGCCCGACCAGUACGCCGAUAUCCGCUACCGCGACGAGCAGGACAGCGUCCACUUCCGCGAGGUCUGCUAUACAGCGUCGGUGGUGCGCGCCGAGUGCCCCACCAGGAUGUACGCCAUGGAGCGCCUCCGGAACAAGAGAUUCAUACCCAAAGAUGCCGUCCAGGUGGAGGCCGCCACCAUCGAGGAGUGCCAAGACAAGUGCCUGAAUCAGUACGCGGACGAACAGGUGAGCACCAAUAGGACCUGCAGGAGCGGCACCUUCGACAAGGAGCGGCGGCGCUGCUACCACACCUCCUACACCCUCAGGACCCACCCUAACCUCCUGGAACAACACCAAGACUUCGACUACUUUGAAAACACCUGUCUUACUAAGGACCGCCGAUGCCCUAAGAACAAACUGAUGUUCCUGAAGUCGGUGAACACAGAGCUGGGCGGGUCCCACGACACGGAGGUGCACAAGGGCGUGGAUCUGGACGAGUGCAAGGAGAAGUGCAUCGACAGCCUCUCCAUCUUCUGCAGGAGCUUCGAAUACGACGCGGCCUCCAGGACGUGUGUGUUGUCCGACGAGGACGCCAUCAGCAAGCCAGAUCAGAUCAGAGCCUCCACCUCCGACCGUCACCAAUAUUACCAGGUCAUCUGCAUCGACGGAGAGAAGGUGAAGGGCGACUACGUCUUCGACAACUCUGACACUCAACAACUCAACCAGCGACGCUACAGCGACGUCCGCACUGCCUUCCAGCUCUUCAGGGACAGCCGACUCGAACUCGGAUCAGGAUUCCGUGGCUUCAGAGAGAUGCCUGGUCGGCUGACCUUGGCAGAGUGCCUAGACGAGUGCCUGGAGGAGAAGUCCUUCAUCUGCCGCUCCGUGAUGCACUCUGAGUACUCUCAGGUGUGCAGGCUCUCAGAGUACGACCAGCUUAAUGGCAGGCUCGUCCCUGACAGAGAGUACAACUACUUCGAGAAUCUCAUGGAGAACCUGAUGGUGGCCCGAGGGACGACCGGGUCUGCAGAUUCCGGUGCGGCUGUGGCAGGCAGCAGGACGGGCGUGUCUGACGACGUCCAGCCCACAGACGGUGUAGAUGAGGCAGGUCCGGGCAGCGCUGGCCAGACGGGAGCCAGCCGGCCAGGUGUAGGCAUUCGGUUCCCUGGGGGCCGAAGAGACGGCGACACAGACAAUGGCUUCAAUAGUGUCGGCGACGUCGGCACCAGAGGUGGCGCAUCAGCUUUCGAGGGCAGUAGAGGCGCCAGUGGCACCAACAGGUUUGGAGACAGCAGCGACGACACCAGGUUUGGGGACACCGGAGACACCAGGAGGCUCGGAGACGGCAGGUUUGGAGUCAGCAGAGGUGGCGGUGAGACCAGUUUCGUGACGCUUGGGGGUAGAGGCAGUAGUGACGGUGAUAGAUUCCGUCCCCUGAGCCCGUCUCGACCGCCCGGGACAUCCCUACAGGACCGACCUGGUCUCUACCGCCCCGUCAGCACCGACCUCACCGGUGUCUUCAGCGGCAGCCGCGGGGCGGUGAGCAACGUCUUCGGCAACGGUCGCCAGACGGACGCUGGAUCACGUAUCCUCGGGGCUCUAGGAUCAGUGGGGACGCUAGGAGCGGACGAUCCUCUAUCCACUAUGGAAGUGACCCAACAGUGCACGGAGGACGGGAUGGAGUUCAACUUGCGAACAGAAGAACCGUUCCGAGGUCGGAUCUACACCUACGGGUACUACGACCGGUGCUUCACCCGGGGCUCCGGCUCCACCGUCACCGUCCUCAAGAUCUCCGGCGCCAGAGGCGUCCCCGAGUGCGGUACUAUCAAGUACGCCGACACCACCACCAACAUCGUGGUGGUUCAGUUCGCCGACAACGUGCAGACAUCCCUGGACAAGCGGUACAACCUCACCUGCACAGUUGUCGGCCCAGGAGAGGCAGUCGUCACCUCCGGCUACAUCGGCGCCGGGUCAGGAGCGCCGACGCCCAUCGAGUACCUGCCGGCGGAGAACCAGCUACAGUCGAAGGUGAGGCUGCAGAUCAUGUACAGCGGCCGCCCCACCACCACCGUCGCCGUCGGGGACCCUCUCACCUUCAAGCUGGAGUCCCAGCGCGGCUUCAACCUCGUCUCCGACAUCUUCGCUACCAACGUCGUCGCUAAAGACCCUUACUCCGGCAGGAGCGUCGAACUCAUCGAUAGCAGAGGGUGUCCCGUCGACAACUACGUGUUCCCGGCCCUGGGCAAGGGCCGGGACGGAGACGGUCUGGAGGCUCGCUUCAACGCCUUCAAGAUUCCUGAGGCUAACUUCCUCAUCUUCGAGGCCACGGUCAGGACCUGCCGGCGAGGGUGUGAGCCGGCUCGGUGCACGCUGGGUAAGGGACGAGACGACGCAGUGUCUUACGGGCGAAGACGUCGAGGUGCAGGAGAUGAGCCAGAGAACCAGACAAAUCCCCAAGACGACGAUGACAGCGAAGAGGAGGGCCAGGUCCAUGGCAUCUACGAGGUGUACCUCUCCAGAGACGAGAUCAGCGAGCAGGCUGUGUCGCAGUCGGUGGUGGAGGCGGUGUGUCUCCCGCCCACCGAGUACUACAGCCUCGUCGCCGGCCUCGCCAUUACUGCCGUCUGCCUGCUUGCUGCUCUCCUCUGUGUCGCCUACUGCUUCAGGAAGCACCGCCGGCUGGACGAGAAGAACGCAGCUGCUGACGCCGGGAACCCGUACCAUCAGCAGCAGCAACAGCAACAGCAGCAGCACCUGCAGCAGAAGAGCAAGUUCGCCUUCCCAGGAACCCACCCAAGGACACUAACUCAGCCCGCCAGGCAGGUUUACUUCCCGAGCGGGGAGCCCACUAGCAGCGCCCCGCAAGCUGAGGACGGAGCCGCUACAUCCUCACGCUUCCCAGAUCCUUCCGAACCUAUCUACACCGACCCGGCACUCUUCGAGAGGUCGCUGACAGAUCAACCUGCGCGACGCCGCUAUGCUGACGGAGAGGACUAGCAGGCAGAACAGCAGCAGUCGCAGCCGCAGCCACAGCAGCAGCAGCAGCCGCAGCAGCAGCCGCAGUCACAGCAGCAGUCGCAGCCACAGCAGCCGCCGCAGCCACAGCAGCCGCAGCCACAGCAGCCGCAGCCACAGCAGCAGUCACAGCAGCAGAUAAAUAGGAAGAACGCAAAGAUGAACCGUUUUGAACAGUAAGAACAGGACGAAAAAAAGCAGAUAAAAGCUAGAAAUGAUAAAUACGAAUACAGAGUGAAGCAAAGAUAGAAAACCAAGGAAACGACGCAUGAGAAGCGGAGAAACGAAGCAUGAAUAAAGAAGGAACGCAGCAGUAAACAAAGAGAACGGUAAACACAAGAACAGGAGCGAAUACGACCACAAUCACAGAAAACGACUAAUUAUGAGAACCAGAGCGGAGACUGAACAGAAGAGUAUGAAGAGACACAUAACAAAGAGAGGAGGAGAAGAAGAAGAAGGAGGUGAGAUAAACAGUGAUAAACAGAAGCCAAAGAUAAAUCACAGGAGUUAAGACAGACAACAUCAACCUGGAGACGAUGGCUGGAGUAUAAUAUGAAAUAAAAGCCAUACAGUAGAAAGCUGGUCUUCAGGCAACAAUUAACUAAGACAUGAGACAAUUAAGCCGAUGUGAGCGAGUGGAGCUCACUUGGAUCUUCCUGUUAGCUAGCUGAGCUCACCUGGAUCGUCUCGUGAGUUAGCUGAGCUCAUUUGGAUCGUCCCGUGAGCUAGCUGAGCUCACUUGGAUCGUCCCGUGAGUUAGCUGAGCUCACUUGGAUCUUCCCGUGAGCUAGCUGAGCUCACUUGGAUCGUCCCGUGAGCUAGUUGAGCUCACUUGGAUCUUUCCGUUAGCUAGCUGAGCUCACUUGGAUCUUCCCGUGAGCUAGCUGAGCUCACUUGGAUCUUCCCGUGAGCUAGCUGAGCUCACUUGGAUCUCCCGUGAGCUAGCUGAGCUCACUUGGAUCUCCCGUGAGCUAGCUGAGCUCACUUGGAUCUCCCGUGAGCUAGCUGAGCUCACUUGGAUCUCCCGUGAGCUAGCUGAGCUCACUUGGAUCUUCCCGCGAGCGAGCCGAAGUUCAAUUUCUCAUGGGACUGGAAAUUGAGCCUAAAAGAAGCUUGCAAAUAGGCCUAAAACCAUCUUUCUCGACCCUUCAUCCACAGUUCCAAAUGCCACAAACAUCAUUCAGUAGGUUUUAAGGUCCUUAAGAUUUAAGAUUUUUUGUUUUUUUUUUAGGCCAAAUAAAGAGUCCUUGCUCCUUUAGGCUGCGUCCGAAUGGCUACAAUGAACCUUCCCCCCCAAAACGCUGACCACCGAGACAUCUCCAGCGAUUCGGACACCCCCUGACGUCAUCAAGGCUCUGGCCACCGGUGCUAUCACGCAAAUGUAUACUUUAUUGCUCCUGUAAAUAGAGGUCACUUUCUCGCAGUUUUAAGCCAGAAGUGCCUCUUAGGAUCCUUCUUAUAUAUAUAUAUAUAUAUAUAUGCAAA